UCUGCUGCCCGCUGGCGCUCGGCGGACCCGCGCGGGGCCUGGCCGGGGCGGCCGAGGGCUCGGUGGCCGCGGAGCAGGGCGUCUGGCAGCUGCUGCUGGUCACCUUCGUGUCCUACGCCCUGCUGCCCGUGCGCAGCCUGCUGGCCGUCGGCUUCGGGCUCGUGGUGGCUACCUCGCACCUGCUGGUCACAGCCACCCUGGUCCCCGCCAAGCGCCCGCGUCUCUGGAGGACGCUUGGGGCCAACGCGCUGCUCUUCGUGAGCGUGAACAUGUACGGUGUGUUCGUGCGCAUUGUGACGGAGCGCUCUCAGAGGAAGGCCUUCCUGCAGGCCCGGGGCUGCAUCGAGGACCGCCUGCGGCUGGAGGAUGAGAAUGAGAAGCAGGAGCGGCUGCUCAUGAGCCUCCUGCCCCGGAAUGUUGCCAUGGAGAUGAAGGAGGACUUCCUCAAGCCCCCUGAGAGGAUUUUCCACAAGAUUUACAUCCAGAGGCACGACAAUGUGAGCAUCCUGUUUGCAGACAUCGUAGGCUUCACAGGCUUGGCGUCCCAGUGCACGGCGCAGGAGCUGGUGAAACUGCUCAAUGAGCUCUUCGGCAAGUUUGACGAGUUAGCCACGGAGAACCACUGUCGCCGCAUCAAGAUCCUUGGGGACUGCUACUACUGUGUGUCCGGCCUCACCCAGCCCAAGACCGACCAUGCCCACUGCUGCGUAGAGAUGGGGCUGGACAUGAUCGACACUAUCACGUCCGUGGCUGAGGCCACCGAGGUGGACCUGAACAUGCGCGUGGGGCUGCACACCGGCAGGGUCCUCUGCGGCGUCCUGGGCCUGCGCAAGUGGCAGUAUGACGUGUGGUCCAACGACGUGACCCUGGCCAAUGUCAUGGAGGCCGCUGGCCUGCCGGGGAAGGUUCACAUCACAAAGACGACCCUCGCCUGCUUGAAUGGGGACUAUGAGGUGGAGCCAGGCCAUGGCCAUGAGAGGAACAGCUUCCUGAAAGCGCACAACAUCGAGACCUUCUUUAUUGUGCCGUCCCAUCGGCGGAAGAUUUUCCCCGGCCUGAUCCUGUCGGACAUCAAGCCGGCCAAGAGGAUGCGCUUCAAGACUGUGUGCUACUUGCUGGUGCAGCUCAUGCACUGCCGGAAGAUGUUCAAGGCCGAGAUCCCCUUCUCCAACGUCAUGACCUGUGAGGACGAUGACAAGCGGCGGGCGCUGAGAACAGCCUCGGAAAAGCUCCGCAACCGCUCGUCCUUCUCCACCAACGUGGUCUACACCACGCCGGGCACGCGGGUCAACAGGUACAUCAGCCGGCUGCUGGAGGCCCGGCAGCCCGAGCUGGAGAUGGCGGACCUCAACUUCUUCACGCUCAAGUACAAGCACGGGGAUCGGGAGCGCAAGUACCACCAGCUGCAGGACGAAUACUUCACCAGCGCCGUAGUCCUCGCCCUCAUCCUGGCUGCCUUAUUUGGCCUUAUCUACCUUCUGGUAAUCCCACAGAGUGUGGCCGUCCUGCUCCUGCUUGUGUUCUGCAUCUGCUUCCUGGUUGCCUGUGUGCUGUACCUGCACAUCACCCGGGUCCAGUGUUUUCCAGGGUGCCUGACGAUUCAGAUCCGCACGGUCCUGUGCGUGUUCAUAGUGGUCUUAAUCUAUUCCGUGGCCCAAGGAUGUGUGGUGGGCUGCCUGCCCUGGGCCUGGAGCUCAAAGUCCAACAGCUCCCUGGUGGUCCUGGCGGCCGGCGGCCGGCGCACUGUGCUGCCUGCCCUGCCCUGCGAGUCUGCCCACCACGCCCUGCUCUGCUGCCUGGUGGGCACCCUCCCGCUAGCCAUAUUCCUGCGGGUGUCCUCCUUGCCAAAGAUGAUCCUGCUGUCCGGGCUCACCACGUCCUACAUCCUCGUCCUGGAGCUCAGCGGCUACACCAAGGCUGGGGGCGGAGCCAUCUCCGGGCGCAGCUAUGAGCCGAUCAUGGCCAUCCUGCUCUUCUCCUGCACGCUGGCCCUGCACGCCAGGCAGGUGGACGUCAGGCUGCGGCUGGACUACCUCUGGGCAGCGCAGGCAGAAGAGGAGCGAGAUGACAUGGAGAGGGUGAAGCUGGACAACAAGAGGAUCCUCUUCAACCUGCUGCCGGCCCACGUUGCACAGCACUUCCUCAUGUCCAACCCCCGGAACAUGGAUCUGUACUACCAGUCCUACUCCCAGGUGGGGGUCAUGUUCGCGUCCAUCCCCAACUUCAAUGACUUCUACAUCGAGCUGGACGGCAACAACAUGGGGGUGGAGUGUCUGCGGCUGCUCAACGAGAUCAUCGCUGACUUUGACGAGCUCAUGGACAAAGACUUUUAUAAGGACCUAGAGAAGAUCAAGACCAUCGGGAGCACCUACAUGGCUGCAGUGGGGCUGGCACCCACCUCGGGGACCAGGGCUAAGAAGUCCAUCUCUUCCCACCUCUGCACGCUGGCUGACUUUGCCAUUGAGAUGUUUGAUGUCUUGGAUGAAAUUAACUAUCAGUCCUACAAUGACUUUGUCCUCCGAGUUGGCAUCAACGUCGGCCCAGUGGUGGCUGGAGUGAUUGGUGCGCGCAGGCCCCAGUACGACAUAUGGGGGAACACGGUCAACGUGGCCAGUCGGAUGGACAGCACGGGGGUUCAGGGCAGAAUCCAGGUGACAGAAGAGGUCCACAGGCUGCUGCGGAAGUGUCCCUACCACUUCGUGUGCCGAGGCAAAGUCAGCGUCAAGGGCAAGGGGGAGAUGCUGACCUACUUUCUUGAAGGCAGGACUGAUGGGAAUGGCACCUGCCCCCGGCCCAGGCACCUGGAGCGGAGGAUGUAUUCUUAUGGCGGAGCCGGAGGCCAGGCCAGACGGCCGCCGCUGUGCCCUGCAGCUGGCCCGCCAGUCAGGGCUGGGCUCCCCCCGGCACCCCCUGGCCCAUACCUGCCGUCCACAGCAGCAGGGAAGGAGGCUUAGUGGACCCAUGUGGGCCGCUGGAGGCGCACGCAGGGUGAUGUGGGCCACCAUGGCCCCAGCCGGGACCAGCCGGAUGAGCAGAGCAGGGAGCCGUGGCCGGGCUGCAGAGGAGUGUUGUCCACGUGUGGCCCGGGGCCGACAGGAGCUAUGCCCGCACCACCCCGCCCUGCCUGGGUCUGGCCGGCAUCGGCACUGGGACCUUCAGGACGUCUGCCGUGGAGGUCUGGCUGGCAGAGGGGCAGAGGAACCGUCGCAAGUGAGCCCCAAGAUGGUGCCAGGCGAGAGGUCCAGGUCCACACGGGCCUGAGGGUGGCAGACAGGACGGUGUGGGGAGCCUGCAAAGCCACCUCUUGCUGCCCGGGAGCGGGGCUGCUGGCUUUCCUGAGAGCAGGUCCACGCUACAAGCCAGAGGCGGGUCUUCUGGGUCCUCGGUUGUCGGCCAGCACCAGCUGCUUGUCUCACCUGUGUGUCCCCUGCCGCUGCACCUGGCCUGUGACAGGUGGGCAGGCGCCACCUGCAUGUCACUGUGGUUCCGCAGAGAACUGGCACCUGUCCUGCCUGCCUCCAAGGUAUGUGGGGUCCUGGGUGCUGGAUGAGAAUCCAGGUUCCAUUUGUGUGGAGAGCAUGUGACUGUCACACCCACGAGUCAGGCUCCUGGAGGGAAGACGUCGUUUCCGGCACAGCCGGCCCUCCUGGGGACGUGACUUGCGAAGCGUAUGGUCCUGCGUCCAGGUGGCCCGGCUUCAGUGUGCAGAGAGCGGCUGCAGUGGCCCCAUUGAUGCCUGGGACCCCCACCUGUGCUCCUUGGCGGCCACAUGGAGGAGAAGACGGAGGAAGUGGGUGGUGGGGAGCAGGAGAGUGGCAGGAGGGGCCUGGCCGGAGUUGCCCCAGAAGCCUGGCUCCUCGGGAGCUCUGUCCUCCUCCUCCUGGGGAAGGAUGCAGUUGAAACAAGGUUGGGGGUGGCCCAGGCAGGCACGUUGGCAAGGGGACAUGCAGAGGAAAGGCGGCCGGCAUAGACUGUGGGGAGCAGGUGGGCUGAGCCCUGCUCCCUCCUGGGGUCCCUCGCACUGCUCCCUGGGCUCCCCCUGUUGCCUCUAUGUGGGUCCCUGUUCAAGUGGGUGGUGGUGUCCCCCGGACCAGCCUGGGUUACUUGUGUGGCCGGCAGGGGCAGCAGGGGCCUUGCCACAGCUCGGGCGGUCACUAGGGUGAUGCUUGGGGCAGACGGACCCCCGGGCCCUGUGGGACUCGGGACAGAGGUAGGGAGAGGCUGCGGUCCUGACAGCUCCAUGUGUGGGAGUUGCUCUCGGGCUUUCCCCUGACUUCGGGGUGUCCAUCAGAGAUUGCGGGCAGGCUCCAGGCUGCUGCGAGGGUUCCUGAGCUCUGGCAGCCUCAUCUGGUCAUCAGCUGUGACCAAGCGAGCCACACCUGACAACCUGCCCAGGGCGUUGCCGCCCUCCUCUGGCCCGUGCCUCCUCUCUGCUCCCGUCUGUCUUGGCUUUGGGGUGCCUGGCUCAUCCUGUCAUCCCCUUGCCGCUGGGAUUUUCUCAUCUGUCUGUCCUUCCUGACCAGAUGUGAAGGGCUGGCGCAGGGCACGGGGCAGGGGGCGAGCCGGGAUGUGGCAGGGCGAUGAGGGGGCUGAUGGGAAGGGCAGGGUCCCGGCGCAGCCCGGUCACAUUCUGUUCCCGUGUGGCUGCCGGGCUGUCCGGGCGGGGGCAGAGGAACGGCCACAGCCCGUGUGUGCUCCACUGCACAGUAAAGGGGCUUUGCAGGUAGGAUAGGGGAGGGGCGUGAGGGCAGGGGGGGACCCUUGGACUGUCCGGCUGAGCCCGCCAUGGCCACACGGCCCCUCAGAAGUGGAAAAGGGGACAGGAGAGACGCAAAGCAUGGCCAGGGCUCUGAUGGAAAAUGAGGGGACGCAGGACAACUCAAUUGCCCCCAGCCCCUGCUGGCGAGAAGCAGGGACAUCGCUCCCACCACCGCAGGGAGCGGAAUUUGGCCACAACCUGGAUGGACAGCGGUAGAGUGACCCAGUGCUGCCCGGAGGAGCUCAGCCCAGUGACGCCUGGAUCAACCUCUGACACUCAGAGCCAAGUCAGCUGCCAUGCAGGACCAGGGCCUGGGGUGCACGCCUCAGCAUGGCUGCGUGUCCCCCAGCCCUGGCACCAGACUGUUCUGCAGGGCCGCCUGGAGGCCUGGCCGGGGCAGACAUCCCCGUGUCCAUCAGCAGCAGCUCCAAACCCUGCCUCCUUCCUCCGAGGUCAGGAGCCGCACUCAGCCAUACGUUCCUUGGGGUUUGGUGAAAAACCACUUACUUCCUUUUUAUUUGUGAUAAACCUGUAUUAUAUUGCCUUAUUUAUUUUUAAUCUUGUACAGUAUUCAUGUACAAACGUUAGAGCCAUUUGGGUAGGAGUCUCUCAAAAUUAUUUAUUUUAAGAUGCUCUGUACAUAGUGCACCACUUACAGGUGCUGCCUGUCACUUGUACCAAAAAUGAGGAAAAGCCCGGCUCUGCCCGGUUAGCCCCGCGCUCUGCGACGUCAUGGCCCUUGGGAAAUGGCCCUGCGUGUCCCCUCUUCGCAUGCCUCCCGUGCCUGCCACUGUAGAGUAGAACACAGCCCCAGAAUGCUUCCAGAUGCUUCCAUGGGCCGCGCCCACCCGGGCCGGUCUGCUCCUGGGGUGCCCGUGUCCUGUAGGUGGACGCCCCACACUCCCAGCAACCCAGUUGUCAGCCCGUGAUUCUCAGACUCCAGAGCCAUGGGGCGUCCCGACCCUCUGUCAUAGAUGCAAUAACUGUAACUCGAUGCUAUAGAGCCCAGUCUGGCCCAGGCAGAUUGGCCUUUCAGAGACAAGCCAUGCACGGGAGUUUGCCCAAGGGACCUGCGCUUCGCAGAGCACUGCUGUCCCACUGGCCUCUCCGUUCCUAGGGUCCAGCUCCGCAUCCCAGGCCAGUGAGCAGAUGCAGCCCGGGUCCCCGUGCUCCUGCUGAGAGCAAGGAGGCGGCAGGGCCCCAUCCCCUGUGAAGCCUCUUUCCACCCUCAGUCUUAGUGCAGCUCUUCCAUGACCAAGGGCGUCUGGCAUUAGAAAGGUACCAUUCCCGGGGCUGCCUGUACUACACCGCACCACCCGAACCGGACACCCAUCUUCUCCGCGUGAGCCUGAUGUGGGCGGGAAAGGCCGGGGCACGCAGGUUGAUAUAGAGGAUUGGGACCCUGGGCUUGGCAGGACACAGCCAAACUCCAGCCAUCUGGGUUUUAUUUGCGUUUCAUAGGAAGACUAUGCUGUAGUCCUAAUAGCAACCUGGAAAGACUGCAUUCUGCUUGCUGUAAGAGUCAAAAGAAGUGGUUUGGAUUCCAGCAUCAAGGGUAUGUGUGGGGCACCGGGCAGGGCUGCCUCCGGGACCCUCUCAUCUCGGGGACUUUGUUCCCAAGCCCCAUGAGGCUUGAGUCCAGCAGGGAGGUUGGUGUGCAAGGCAAGCAUGGGUGACCGGCAGGGAGGGAUGGCGCACCUUCCACACUCGGUGUCUCCCACAGCACGGGUCCCCCAGGGGUCCCGGAAGUGCUGCUCGUGCUUCUCAGUCUGAGAAUGUGUAGGUCUAAAGGAACCCUGGAAGUGGAUGUGAUUGUGGCUUCAGAAUGGCUUCUAUUUACACACAUACAUACAUGCGCACGUGCACGCACACGCACACGCACACGGCCUUCUUAGAGGCAGUUGGGUUUUGAAAUAUCUGGCUUGGUGAAAGUAACAAAGAGCACAGUGCAGGUUUUUGUCAGGCGGGGAGCACCCCUCUUCCCUCCUGCAGUUGCCCUGAGAGCUCAUACCAUGUCCCUCGUCAUUCCCACUGGUCCCCAGGUUUGAGAGCAAGUGUGUGACGGCUUCCUCAGACAGUGUCCUGGGGUCAUUUUCCUUUGCCCUUGUGCUCUUUAGGCUAGUGGUAGAGGAGCUGCCCGGGGUGCACUUAAAUCAGACUCGGGGUGUGAGGGUCCCACAGCCCAGCAGGCAGGAUGAGGGGCUGCACAGGGAUGGCCUAGGUGUGGGGAGGUGAAGGCUCAGGCCUUCACACUGAACUCGGGGGAUGGCAGAGAGAGGUCUCCAUCGAGGAACUCAGAUCCCCAGCUAUGGGCACACAAAUCUUUCCAUGCCCUUUUGGCACCCGAGAAGAAAUGCCAUGGCCAAGUGCCAGAGCUGGCAGAGCUGGCAGAGCAGGCACGGGGAAACGGAGUCGCGCGGCCUCCAGUGGCCCAGCCUCUCACUGUUGGGUAAGUCACCCAGAGCCGUGUGGGCUGAGACCCAGGUCCCAUGGACCCAGCUGAUGACAGCUGCCUGGGGCCCCGGCCUGGAAACUGCAGGUGCUGGCACUGUCCCUCUCAUGGGGUUGGGUACCGAGCACAACCGCAGACCACAUGGAGCGCAGACCGGGCAGUGUCAGGCCCAGGGGCUGCCUCCCCUCGAGGUCCCCACAGGAGCGCUCUGGAACGUGUCCGGGCAUUUCCCGCCUCGUCCUCCUGUGGUCACAGCCUGUGAAGGCGGGUCCAGUAGUCGGAUGCGAAGUUUGGCCACUACAUGGUCCGUGCCAUUAUCACCCCUUUCAGAUGCCACAUUUGGGGGGCGGAGGUCCAUGAGCAAUGUACUAUCAGAUGUUUGCAUUUUUAGGGUCCUUGAAAGUUUAAUGCAUUCAGUUCUGCACCCAACCUGUUCGUCAUGUUUUAGAAUGUUACUCUGCUAGAGGCCAGGCUUAGUUCAGAUUGGUGUGUGUCUGCACGUGUGUGUGCAUGUGUGUGCGUGUGUGCACAUGUUUCACAGCAUGAGUGAAAUAAAAAUCACCUGUUCCAGGGGCUAAUAUGGAUUCAUAAAAGGACCAAAAUUAGAAUGAAGCCAGGUGCCUGGCACCUGGGCCAAGCCACCCCCAGUGUCUUGACCUGAAACCGUCCCUGGAGGAGAAGGAGAGGGGAUAGGGAUCUACAGAUGCUGGUGGCACAUGACCCCAGGGGAUGUCCCCAAGGCCCCUGAGGUCCUGUUCACCAGCAGUUGCUGAAUCCCUUAGAUUUUUUUUUUAAAGUGUCUGCAACAUCCACACUAAGGCAAGGGGCCUGCAGCACUAAACUCGACCGAUAGUUUUGCCUUUGGUUUUGGGUUUGCUUGACACACAUGGGACUUGUGGGAGAUCUGCAUGACGGAGGAGUCUCCCACAGAGGCGGCAAGUGGGACCGAGCCCCAGUCUCCACGCUCCUUUCCCCCAGUUACAGAGCUGAUUUUAGGUCUGGGGAUGUCACCCCCAGUGUCCCUGUACAGUGGCACCAGUAGACGUGUGGCAUUCCUGGCUUGUGGCUCACUACUGGCUAUAAAAUACACUUUAAAGGUCAGACAGGACCACAGUGGCUGCCGUGUGGCCUUGUCACCGGUGUGCUCACCUCACUGGGCUGGGCGCGUCAGGUCCAGUCCCAUCACCCCUUGUGCAGUCGCUGAAUUCCCUUCCACAGGACCCGCUGUGUCCCACACUCAGCGUCGCUGUCCUGUGUGGAGGAAACGGGACUCCGUGGGCCUUUGGUUGGGACCAUAAAUUCAGAAAACGCUUGUGACUAUUCCCAAAUCCAGCUUUGCAGUCUCUGGGCCUGUGUGGUUCACACAUCCCUGCUGCCUGGCCACCUGUGGAGCGGGCAGUGAGACAGUGGCCAUGCUGCAGGGAGAAUCUGAGGCCCGGGAGGCUGAGGACUUGAGGGACACGUCACCUCUGUUCUGUCCCAUCCCAACACUGCUCUUCCACAUGGUUUCCAUGACAUCCAGGUCCCUCUGCUGAGAGUAGAAACUGCGCAGACUGUGCUGGGUUUCAUGCAGAACACUAGCUGGUCACACAGUUGUGUGCACGGUGCGGGAGGGGCCCCCAGGGCUGGUGCGCUGUGCCUGCGGCUCCAACCCCCAUCCUUGGGGCCCGUGUCCAGUCCUCACUGGCCCUGCAGUCCCUGACUUAGCCACAUUCCUCCUUGAACAUCACUGAGCCCCGCAAGGCAACGUGACGCUAGUCCUCAGUCAUCCCUACUUUGUCAGAUUGUGCUUUAUAUUCUACAGCUUGUUUUGAAAUGCAGCCCGUAUCUAAAAUGUGCAGAAUCUCCUUAAACGGAGGAUAGAUAGCUGCAGUCUUUCCCCGGAAAGCCUCGCUGACCUCAAGGAGGGGCAGAGCCAUGCCGCCCCCAGACGACACAGGCUUCACUUUCGCAGCCACAGGGCUGCAGUUGCCGGUCAGGGGCGUCGGGAGCUCUGGGAAGCCUGACCGCCGUGCCUGCCGUUUCUCCUUCCUCCACGUAGAGCUGUUCAGGGUUAGGUUGGAUGCUGCUGGCGGGAUGUGGGUGGCCAAGUGCUUUCCCAGGGGCUGGAGAGCUGGGAGGAGCAGAGCUGCCCAGGAGUGGUCACCAGCACUGAGGCAGUUUGGGUGGGUGGGGAGAGAAAGACCUGGUCAUUGAGCAGGUCUCGGUGCCCGUCCGUCCCCUGGCACCAGGCAGUGUUGACUUUCAGAUGGGUUGUUUUCCAAAAUUGCUUUCAGCUGCUUACUGAGAACUGGUGUUUAAACAGAGAUGAUUUCCUGGAGUAACUCCGGGGAGACCUAGGAGGUCCCUGAGGCUUGGUGGAGUUGUGCAGCCGGCUCACAGACGGUCCCAGAGGGGCCCUGCAGGCCUGACAGCAGCCAGGACUUGUCUCUCAGACCCACCAGCACCCCCUGCUCAACCCCGGGCCCUGGGCACACAAAGCACAAGUCUCAGGGGAGCUUCCUGAGGAUGCCCACCGCGCCUCCUGCACACCCCAGAGGGUGGACACUCAGACCACUAGGAGCACACCCGCCCGGCGGGGAGGGGCCACUGUGUUGCCUUGAUCCCUGUUAACACUGCACACACCAAGCCAUUUGCACUCUAGAAUUGCAUGCUGUGAAAUUCCUACCUGUGUGGACCUUUGAGUUUGGGAUCGUGCAGCAUGCAGAAAGGGCCAGGCAUGGGUACACGGCAUCCCCCGAAAGCCAGGACAGGUCGCAUGGACCCUGAGUUUGUGUCGCUUGAGGACUUAAUAGGCACCAUGUGCUUUCAGCCCAGAUGCCCCCUCCCCCUGUCCUCCCACCCCCACCACUGGAAGUCACCGCCGUGACCACGUGGUUGUCUCCUAGUGGUGACUCCGUCCUGACUUGAGGCAAGCCUGAAAUCUCCUCCUGGAUUUUCUUUCUCACCGAGAAAAGUCACAUGAGCGCCCAUGUCCGCCUGUGUUAGGCUGGAGAGGGAUGUGUCCCUCUGUAGGAGGAGAGCGGCGUGGGUCAGGGGGUCAACUUCUCCCACAAGGGGAGCUUAGCGAGGACACAGCGACGCUAUCCCACAUCACAGCACCGCAGUCUCACUGGGUAACCUCUCGGGGUAGAUUUGUAAUCAAUACGGGUCUAUUUUUAUGUCAACUGGACACUGACAAGCACCUUCCUGUCUUUUUCAAGAUUGUUAAAUUGAGACAAGUAAUUGAAUAAUUUGUCCUAUUUUUAUUUUAAAAAAAAGUGAAUGGAUUGAAAUGUUAAAUGUGAAUGUACAUUUCUUAAUUGCAACUUUUCUACUGAGUGUUUGCACUAUACUUUCCGGAGUCUUAUUUAACGAAAAUAAAGAGAAGAAAAAUUGCUUGACUAAA